GCGCAUGCACGGUAGGACCGCGCACGUGUUCAGCUGCUUGUAGUUACCGGGCUGCGACAUGGCAGAGAUGGAGACGCAGAACGCGGGGACGGAGGACGGCUUUACCCCCGUCACGCACAGAGGAGGCCGGCGGGCGAAGAAGCGACAGGCUGAGCAGGCGUCAGCGGGACAGGACGGAGACGCAGGCCGCAUGGAUACGGAGGAGGCGCGGCCCGCCAAGAGGCCGGUCUUUCCGCCGCUCUCGGGAGACCAGCUCCUGCCUGGGAAAGGAGAAACGAGAAAAAUCCCGGUCCCAGCUAACAGAUACACGCCGUUAAAAGAAAACUGGCUGAAGAUUUUCACUCCGAUUGUAGAACAUUUGGGGCUUCAGAUACGCUUUAACCUGAAAUCAAGGAAUGUAGAAAUCAGGACUUGUAAAGACACCAAAGAUGUCAGUGCUCUGACAAAAGCUGCUGACUUUGUGAAAGCCUUUGUUCUUGGGUUUCAGGUGGAGGAUGCGCUUGCCCUCAUCAGGCUAGAUGACCUCUUCGUAGAGUCUUUUGAAAUAACCGAUGUUAAGCCCCUAAAAGGAGACCACCUGUCAAGGGCAAUAGGAAGAAUUGCUGGCAAAGGAGGAAAAACCAAAUUCACCAUCGAGAAUGUAACAAGGACACGGAUUGUUUUAGCAGAUGUGAAAGUUCACAUUCUCGGCUCUUUCCAAAACAUCAAGAUGGCAAGAACCGCCAUUUGCAACCUCAUCCUAGGAAAUCCUCCAUCAAAGGUAUAUGGCAAUAUUCGAGCAGUGGCCAGCAGAGCAGCAGAUCGGUUUUGAUUCUCCUCGGAUUUUCACAUAAAACCAUGGGAGGAAUUUCCCAGCCUAAAGCUCAGGUUCCUUCUCAGGUCUCGGCCAGAGCAGAAGCAGCAAAGGAAGGUUACACUCAGCUGCUUCUAGGAUUAUUUAAAUGUCAAGAUGGAAUACUUUUAAUACUUACACAUUAAGUCUGUAAAAAUUUGCUGUAUUUUUCAGUUUGAAUCAUAAGGCAGAUUCAGUUUAAACCCAUCAUUAGAAAUCUUGCUUGCGACUUUCAUGUUACAUAUUUACAACUAAACUUAUAAACUUUUUUUUUUCUCUGAAAAUUUUAAAAUCUCAGAAGACCUGUGAAUCAGGAUCCUUGGUAAAGAGCACCGUGACUAUUUCAGGGUUGGGUCACGGCAGUAGCUUGCACUGUUGAACCAUAGUGCUCAUCUUUGUACUGACUGUGCAAUUUAUAAAAUAAAACUCUGAAUCAUGAGGCUAAUGAAUGUUAGUUUCAAGUAAUGAAAGUCAUCAGGAAUUACUGAUAUUGGACAUAUUUCUCUUGUAAAGUUAAACCCAAAACAGUCCUCCGAAGAAAACUAUGCUCUCCAAACAGUAUAUUCUUGUAACUAGUUUAUGUGUAUAUGAAUUUGAUGCCUUUUUCUGUUUUAGAACCCACUUCAUUAAAUGUGAUUUAGGUACUACA